AUGGAGGCAAUUGUAUCAAUGUAUGAGGAUCGAUUUAACCUCUACAUGCUUAAGAGCCAACUCAUUGAGGAAAACAGUAGUGAUUAUGCUGAAACAUAUAGUUGGUGGAAGAAACUUAUUCUAAGAAAAUAUGGAAGUGUGCCUACUUCAUCGCAGUAUGUUGUGAUAAGCUAUUUCUCUAUGUCUAUAAAACGCACCAAGGAAUUAAGAGCCCUGACAAGGUGGAGGUACUAUUUCAGCCUGUUUCUCGAGUUCUAUGACAUUAGCUUGCCCAUGGUUAGAUUUGUCAUCGACAAAGUUAGCAAUGCAAUCUCAUUUUUUCUAGUUUGCUUGAUUGGGAGGUCAUUAGGACUCAUCUAUACGGGAAUUAGGCAGUCCCUCAGAUGAAAGUGAGAUGUAAAUGGUACCUUAACUUUUUGUUCAUCACAAAUUUAUAUUAUAGUCAUUUUUGCGUGUUGUAUCAUCUGUCUAGAGGAAUGUGAUCUGCACAUCGUUACUCGCGAAGUUUUUUUUUCCGGCCUCUUGCAGCUCGAUGUUUCUCUAAAUCCUUUGGUCAAUAAAUUUUGAGAAGCUGAUUUAGUUCUAUGUUAAGAACAUUUUUGUGGCUGACGUGUGAUUUUAUCCAGAUGGGUUCAUUUCCAUCUAUUGUGGAAUUUGCCUUUUUGUUCACCUCUCCUCUCCUUUAUCUUAUGUCCUUGCGGCUUGUGGAUAGAAAGUACACCAGAUUUAGAAUCAUGUGCAUGUGAAGUGAGUUGUGUCUGUAUUUGUGUUUGAAAACCCAAGGAUGUGAUAACCACCUCGAUAAGUGAUUUUGCUGAAGAUACA